AUGCAGGUAACUUUCCAGCUGGAGACUACCACACCCUCGUUGCCCACCUAUAUACCGGAGCUGUUCGCCAAAGAUUCUGCUGCUACCCACCUAACCUGGCGCAAUCUGACCGCAUCACCCAACCCUGUUGGCUCAAGCGGAUUAGUCGUGCACGUGAACCUGAGCGAGUCUGUGCUAGUCGGCAGUUUGGUUUGUCGAUUUGUUGCUCGACUUGAUGAUGAUGAUGAUCCGAAUGAUAGCAGUCAUCCUUCGCAUUCUCCGACACCGGCCACGCUUCAUUACACCCUAGUCACAGUAGGUCAGUCCAGGACACGGGAACUGUUUGCUCUGAAUGAGCUCACGGGUGACACUGCCCACUACUUCGCCAUUGAUUCCGAAACUGGUGAAUUACGCCUAUCCAAACCUUUACUACCAAAUCGCACCCAUAGUGGUCUGUCGCACGCAAUGCUACAAUCCAGUGUGGUUCGAUCCGCGGCGCUACAUUCGCUCGUUGGAACUGCGGAGCCUUGGAUUGGUACUCACACCCUAAUAGUGUCCGCUCGUGACGGUGGUCAACCGAUUGUGCGAAGUAAUCACACUCAAGUAUUGGUGCGCAUUAUUCCGGGACCGGGAGGGAUUGAUGUGGCUCCACCACGAUUUCGUCCCCUGGGUUUAGUUCAUAUAUCUGUGCCAGAAAAUAGUCCUCCAGGAUAUGUUAUGGCUCCUCUAUCUCGGCUUCUUCUACCCGAAUCAGCAAUUCAUGGAUUCCUGCGGUUCCGUUUGAUCGGCUCGAUUCCGAUUGAUUGGUCCCCCGUCGGUAAGAACGGACGCGGAACCGGCUCAGAUUGGUCCUCUGUGCUAACCAAUCGACCUGAAUUGUUUCACGUAACCCCGGACACUGGACUGUUGAUGACAUUAAUUCGAUUAGAUCGUGAACGACAUGGCGAUUUCCAUCGUGUACAAGUCCAAGUCGCCGGAUCACGUGGUGUGCGGACGGAACUCACAGAUUCAAUUGUGCUGGAAAUCCACAUCAUCGAUGAGAACGACAAUCCGCCGACUAUUCAUUCACCUGCCUUCAUGAUUGGUACUAUCCGGGAAGAUGCCGAACCCGGCACACCGAUCAUGCAAGUCUGCCCGAAACAAACCGGUUGUGAUCUAUCGGAGCACACACCGAUUCGCCUCAGCGCUUCGGAUCCGGACCUGGGACCUAACGGACAAAUUGUCUAUCGAUUUGUGGGCACCGAGGCACGUCAAAUGGAUGACCUAUUCCAAAUCGAUCCACUCACAGGGAUGAUCCGUCUAGCCGCUGGACGGGCGCUCGAUCGUGAACGUAUACCGGACUACGAUCUGAUUGUAGAGGUUUCCGACGCGGGCACUCCGUCGCUCAUCGCAGAUCACCUGAUUCGUAUCCAUGUGCAGGUCACCGAUGUGAAUGACAGUCCGCCCACAUUUCAUGAACCAUUCUAUAUGCGCACUCUGACCUUGCCAACGUAUCCGCUGGAAUUUGUCAUGCGAUUGUUUGUGACCGAUCCGGAUCUGAACGACACUGUUUCUCUUCGUCUACUCAAUGGAUUCGACCAAUUUAUUUUGGAUUCUGUCUCGGGUGAUUUACGCGUGGCAUCGAAUUCUACUCUCUUGGAUGCCGGUUCACGCACUUUUGAGCACACCUAUCUGAUUGAAGUAGAGGCAUUCGAUCGCCACCUACCCUUUCCGCACACUGCUCGCACGAAUGUGACCGUGUUUGCUCGACCCCUAUCAUCCAGUUUGGGUGGUGAAGAUGCCGUAUUGAUUGUAGAUCCUCCUGAUGGUUUCGAUGUCGAGCUGCCGGAACAUUUUGCGGGUCCCACACCCUUACGACUGGGACAGUUUACCGUACGCAAUGCUCCGAUUGGAUCUGUUCAUCGCUACAUAGUGCUCACUCCAUUGCCCGGGAUCACUGUGGAUCGACUGACCGGGAUUGUAUAUGCGACCGGAGAUCAAGGCCCGAACGAGCUCGAUCGGGAGCAGACCCCUAAUUUGGUGCUACACAUCCUCGUCCGAGAUCGGCACAAUCGAGUCGGUCGGAACGUGGUUCGCAUACGCCUAUUGGAUGUGAACGAUCAUGUGCCCGAGUUUGUCGGACUUCCGUAUCACGCUGUGUUUUGUUUGGGCGCCUCCGGUCGAUCGAAAUUGGACCUGAUCGGGACCGCUACCACUCGUGCUAUUGAUCCCCUUACAGUCACUCCAAUCAUAACGCUCCCGGUUUCCGAAACGGGCACAUCUGUAUCCGUAUUGUCCUGUCGCCACAAUCAGUUUAAGGUCACUGCAGUGGAUAAAGAUAACGGUCCGAAUGGGACUGUGACCUACAGUUUGGCCAGUAUCCGGCCCCGAGCGGAACCGCCUUUUCUUUCCAUCAAUCCAAACACUGGUCUGAUCUCUGUUUUACGUCUCAUUCCGCCCGAUUGGACUGGUCGUCAGAUGAUCGCCACGGUUUUGGCUGUGGAUGGCGGUGGCCUGUCCUCCAGUUCCACUGUCACUAUCCACUUGGUCUCCUCGGACGGGCCUCGAUUCUCGGCCACACUGUACACAGCCACAGUGGCCGAAUCCGUGCCAAUCGGGGAAGCGAUCACCACAGUGGAAGCCAGUAGUGCACAUCAGUUGGCCAGUUUCAUUUAUCGCAUUGUUAAUGUGAAAGUGGGAAAUGACAGUACGGAUUUGUCCGGUCUAGUACCCCUCGACUUGGCUGAUAGUCCGUUUCUGUUGGAAUUCAAUACCGAAGUACUCCAAUCUUUCUUACAGUUUGGUGAUCAGAUGAUUGGCACACCUCAACGACAUCCUUCACCGGGCCUUUCUGUCGUUCACUGGACGUUCUCGAUGCGCUUUCUGUUCCCUCCCUGUGCUCAUUCUGUCGGUUUCGAUUUCAUCUUGUGCAUUGCCUAUGCAGGUAUUCUUCGAUUGGUAUCCAAAUUGGACUAUGAAACGGCUCAAAAUUAUCUUCUGUGGUUGGAAGUGUUGGACACGGAGACGAGCCUGUCAGCCCGAGUUCAACUUGCAAUCAAUGUGACCGAUGUGAAUGACGUGGCGCCUCGUUUCACCGUACCCCAACGGACUUUGUUCGUCUCAGAACGCGAACCGAUUGGCUACCCGGUGUUCCAGCUCCAGGCCACCGAUCCAGAUACGGGCUACGGCGGUCAGUCGGGUUGGAUCCGAUUGGCCCGUAAAUUGAAUUACCAUUCCGCAUCGACUCAUCGAUUUUGGGCAGUAGCCACGGAUCAGGCUGCCGUUCCUUUGAGUUCCCGUAUUCCGAUCACAAUUCAUGUUCUCGACUUCAAUGACAAUCCACCACAGUUCGACGUUCCAGACAGAACAAGCUUUAGUUCAGUCGGAACCCAGUCCGCCAACUGUCUCUAUCGGGCCACGAUCAACGAGCGUNGCCCGGGAACCUUUGUUCUGCGUCUGAUGGCUAGCGAUCCGGACGUGAAUGACACGCUGACCUAUCAUUUGAUCCCGUCGCCGAAUAGGCAUUCAGAAUAUUUUCGUUUGGGCACACAAGAUGGCAUACUUCGAUGGGCUCCAUUCCGUACUGAUUGGGGUGAGGUGGCCUUACAGACCCCGGUGUCUGGAGCUCUGACUGAUCUGGGCAAUUCGGACAGUCGAUGGUCUCCACUCAGUCCCGAAGGGGAUUUCCAGACGGACAAAUUGGAAUUUCAGGUUCACGUAUCCGACCAGAUACACACUACCGCGUGUGACGUUCAAGUCGAGUUAAGUCUAAGUAAUUUGCAAGCUCCACAAUUCCCCGGUCGUAAACACGAGGUGUGGAAUGUGUCCGAAUCGAUACCGGUCGGACCGCGUCUCGGUCGUGUGAAUGUGGCUCGUGAUACAGAUCGCGGACGAUAUGGUCAU